GUUAGAAUGUGAAGCUGUGUCAGUUGAUGGACUAGUGGAAGCAGGAAAAAGUUACUCCUGGACACGUGGUUUUUACAAGACAUCUAUAUCUGAUUUGAGCGUAAGUCUACAGGGAAAUCAGUUGACAGUGAUCAACUGUACCGUGGUGGCAAGCAGCUGUCUGGUCAAGAGUGGUAGUAACAUCUCUAUAUACAUUGCCACUAGUGAUGACAAUAUGACCAAUGUGACGGUCACAUUGAGUUUUGUCCCUGUCGACCUUCUGUCUAUGUGUCUGCUACUUAACUACGACACUACAAGUCACGUGUGUACAAACGUCUCGGUCUAUGUGCUACCAGUAAGCGUGAGCUGCUCAUUGUCCACCCCUGCUUCCUCGCCAAUACUUGUCACUUGUCAAGUCAACAAUGUUUAUCCAGGAGUUCUUUGUAAUCUAUACCGAAGACGCAUUUCCAACACUGUUUAUAAUUUUCCCGAGAAAUUCCUCGGACGGUGUCUGGAGAGCAGCCCUAGUCUCUACACAUCUCAAUGUAUUUGCAUCACUUCAGACAUCAUUGGACUCGGAAUCAAUCAGUUCUUCAUCAAUGUUCAAAAUUCUUUGUUCCCUUCAGGUCCAGGGAUCAAUAGUUCUGAUGCUACAUUUAAUCAAGCAAACACUACUGCCACUGUAGAAGCUGGAACUACAUAUAAUUUAGUCAACCCGUUCUACAACACAUCCACCACCAAAGUUGAUUUAUUGCUUCUCAAAAGUUCAGUGACUGUCUUCAACUGUGUUGUAACACAACCGACUUCAAGCUUCUUCUGUAGAAAUCUGACUAUAGAUCAAGCCAACAAUCAACUACAAUGGAGUUUGACUAUAGACCCUGACCUGACCAGCGCAUGUAUGGUGGUUGAUCGUCAGUACUCAAUGCAAGUUUGUCAGAAUUUCUCAGUAUAUGCUUUACCAGAAGGGUUAAGUUGCUCUACAUCCUCUACACCUACUGUUUUGUCAAUCAACUGCCAAUUUAAAGUGUUGCCAGAGAAAGUGUUGUGCACAUUUUACAGGAAGUUAGAUAAUUCCUCGGAUGUUAUCAUCGGAGCUGUCAAUGGGACAGGGUUUCUACAGAAUUCAUUUUACAGGUCGGAUUGUUCCAUUAACACAAUGAGUGUCACAUGGGGAGACAACCAGUAUUUCGUCAAUGUCAGAAACGCAUUUAUUCCCUUGACUAGCGGAAUCAAUAGCACAUCUAUAUCAUUUAAUUCAGAAAAAGUGUCUACCAAAGGUUGGUAUAGUAACAGUAGUUCUUAUACUAUUUCUUGUACUACCGGACCUGCUCCUCCCAAGGUACUUCGCCUAUUUCGGAAGGGUCUAGGAACUGAAGUUGCUCUAAUCAACAAUGCUACAAUGUUAACGUAUUCAAUUGCACAACUUUCUUGUGAACAUCAGGAUGAGUACGUAUGUGAGGCUAACACCAUACAGCAAACAUUAGAGAUCAGAGUCUCGUGUCCCCCAAGACUAGUGGAAACACAAGUCAACCAAACCUACACUUGUAAAGUUGGCGGAAGUAUUCUCUUCCCUCCCAUCAUCAUCUCUGGUACAACUGAACCCAGUGACUAUUUCUUAGUGUACAACGAGAACGGCGUCUUGUACAAGUCCAGAUCUGAUCUCUACACAGUCUACUACCAUAAAAAGUCGCUCUACUUUGGUGCAAUCGACUUGGCUCUUCAUGAGGUGAAGGAAGUAGAGUUUGGCUCGUACAGACUCAAGAUGAGGUCAGCUUACGGUGAUGGGGAUGACGUCUUUUUCACGCUUGUCUUAGAUUCCAGUGUUGUGACCGAUUACAAGCCAGCAGUUAUUGCUCUUGGAGUGCUGUUUUCUCUACUUGUUCUCUGUGUGACUUGUGUCCUAGGUUACUACUUCUAUAAGCGAUACAAGAGUCCUGCUGCUGAGCAGACCAACACAAUGCCAAUGACAACGCCUAGUAAUAGUGGAGAAUGUUACGACACACUUAAUAAACCUGAUAAUGGCUCGGAUUAUUAUAGGUCUUUAAAAGCCAAUACAGACAUAAGACAGCGCGAACAGGAUGACUACAUGAACACAACAAUUAAACUGGCUAUGAAACCAAAUGUCAAGAAGCCCAAGCCGAAAUAUCUAAAUACUUAUGAAAAUCAUUGACAGAAUAUUGACAAGAAUCUAGUUUUGCAAUCUUUGCUAAAUGCUAAUUAUUUGAAUUCAAGUGUCUCCAUAAUUUCAGACGUCUGUGCAGACAGUAUAAAAAGCUAAUAUUCUAGUGUACAUUUGAACUUUAGCGUAAAGCUUGGGACGUUUUCAUUAAAUAUUUAGUAUUCAUUUUUUUUUUAAUUUUUAAAAUAAAUGCCUCUUUUUCUCUCUCUCUCUCUCUCUCUUGCUCUCUUUCUCUCUCUCUCUCCUGUGACAAACUUCCUUAUUGGAUUCUUCCGCACUGUUCUAAUUGACGCGUUUCUGCGCCGAUGAAUCUCAAAAGGUUUUCUCCUACGACUCAUCGCAGUGAGAGCUGAAACUAGUUUGGUCUUGAAACAGGCCCAAUAUUGAGAGAGAGAGAGAGAGAGAGAGAGAAUGAGGCAGAGAAAGAGGCAUUUGUUUGCAAUUCAUCACUGUUUUAUGUUGCGCCUACACUUAUGUAUUAGGUUGUUAUGGAUGCUAUCUCAGGCGCACAGAAAAGUCGCGAAUCUUUCAGGAAUCCAUGUCACCGUUAUUAAGUUGAUAGAUAGCUCUAUAGCCGGGUUUUAUUGAAGCAAUUUAAUACAACAUUACUAAUUCACAAUAAUCAAAUAUGCAAAAGAAAAAAACAACAACAAAAAAAACAACAACGGCAUUUUAGAAUAAAAAUGCCAUAAAAUAUACAUAACAAAAAAUUAUUAUGCAAUUAUUGGAAGUUGGGAUUCCAUAAUCUACUGAGAUUGAUACACUUACUUGUGACCAGGAGAUUUACAUAUUUAGUUGUGAACAGGAGAUUUACAUAUUUAGUUGUGACUAGGAGAUUGACAUAUUCAAUUGUGAUUAGGCUAUUUAGUUGGAGCUUGUUGAUGCGUCUCAUUGCUGCGUUGCUCUAGACUAGACAUAUAUUUUUUGCUUGAGUGUAAUGGCGGCACUUAACAGUCAAGAGCUUUGAAACAUGUCUACGCAGUACCCACUUACAAUUGCAAACAUUUGUUAACAUUUAUUAACUGAUAAUUAGAUCUACAGCUCUCGUAAUUGUAUUCCCUAUACAUUAACAUUUUAUUUAUUGCUUUGUAUAGAAACACGAAAUAGCAAUAAUUUUAAAAUGUGUUUUAAAAAGUCUUUCGAGGUCUCCAUCGUCAUCUGUACCUAUUACUGUAAUGGGUAUUUUCUUAGUAAGUGGCAAUUGAUCAUUGAAAAUCUUGAAAAUGAUUUUGCAAGACGUAACUAUCUUCUCUUUUGAAGAAACGAAUGAAGUAUAAAAGAUAUUUCUGCGGAUAGAGUCAUCCCACGAACUUUACGAGCCUUGUGUGUAGCGAAGUCAUACAGUAUAUCAUAAAAAUUCUAUUUCCUACAUAAAUCACGCUCAAUAGCAAGAAUUACCAAAUGUUUAAAUCUAUCUACGAGAAUUGUUGAACUAAAGUAAUUCUUCAUUAGCUUGAGGCGCGAGAAGCUUCUUUCACCAGAUUCCAAAAUUACUGGAUGAUGCCUUUCUUUUUAUCGCGCUUAGGAUUGGCAUUUUCCUUAUUGAAUGACACCCCAAAAUGACAAUUUUUGUCUAUAUAUUUCAGGAGAUUCGUAUGAGUUUUCUAAAGAUUUUAAUAAUUUCCGGAUAUUUCCAGGACUUUUUCGUAUAUUUUGCAAUUUCAGGAGAUUUUCAGGAGCUCCUGGUAAAUCGACAGGAGGCCGCAGGAAAUCUGUUAUAAGUUAUACAAUGGUUUAAUUUAAUAAUUUAUACACCUAGAAUUAGCUCGGGUCCUAUGAAAGUGCGGGGCCCACUGCGGUCGCAUAAGUGCGGAGCCCACUGCGGUCACCUAAGGCCGACCCUGCAAAAUAGCGGCGUAUACUACGCCGCCGGUCGACUAGUGAAGUAUAAAAGACUAGCAGUACAUACCGGGUAUGCCCGUUGAUUUCGUCCCAGGAUUUAUAUUGUUUAUUAAGACGUGACACCACUUUCUCUCUUUUUUUUUAAUUUGAAUGUACAGUUAACGGGCUACAUUUUAAAGACCCUCCGAGCAGACUGUUUUAUUAGCCCAUUAAUUCGUAGAUCUGUUACAAUGAAAUUUAACAGCCCGCCGCUCUCUUCCUCUUUCCUUCUAUCUUUCUCUCUCUCUCUCUUUUACAAAGCUAAUAUCAACUCACUGUCUCUGUCUGUCUAGUAAAAAGUUUGUACACGUUUCUUCUCCCACACCUAUUCUCGGAUCAAGUUGAAACCUCACAAAAUUAUUAAUUGACAUAAACAAGACAUGAAUCAAUAAAAAAAGGAUCUAAUUAGUCAAUUAAUCCCUGGUAAUUUAUUAUAUUGUUUGAUACAGAUAAGAUAAACUAAUCUUUCAGUAUUCACAGAUAUGGCUAAUUUGUUGGCUUUAGUCCCCUUCAAUAAUUGUUAUGAUUUUUUCCAUCACAUAUUCUCCGAUCUACUUGAUACUUCAAUCAAUUAUUUAUUGUACCUUACAAAACAUUAUUCAAUAAAAACAAAAUAGCCAGUUAGUCAAUUAUUUAUUGUACCUAACAAAACAUUAUUCAAUAAAAACAAAAUAGCCAGUUAGUCAAUUAUUUAUUGUACCUAACAAAACAUUAUUCAAUAAAAACAAAAUACCCAGUUAGUCAAUUAUUUAUUGGUUAUAAUUAUUCUGUUUGAUGCCAAAUAAGGGAAAUAGCUUGUACAUUAUUGAUAGAUAUAGUUUUAAGAGCGGAGUUCUUCCCCUUUAGAUAAACUUUGAUUAAAAAAAAAAGGAUUUUUUAUAUGUUGCUUGUUCUGUCGCUGUUUUUUUUUUUA